UCCAUUCCAACAGCGGUAUCGCGUGAAGAAAAAGUGCGAAGUUAACGGUGGUGAAUUUUUAUGUAAACCCGACAGAAGAAAAAAAACUAAGAGGAAGUUCAUCUUAAAGGUCUGAAACCGUUUAUCUGUUCGGUUCCACAGGAGGCAGAAGGGACAGCAUGGCUGCGGAGUGGGACGAACAACAGGCCUAUGAGGAGCUGCUGUACUGGGACAGACUGAUCCAGGAAGGCCACCGCCUCCUUCCUGAGGACUUUGACAGAUACGAGGAGCUGCGCUACUGGUACGACUGUCUGUGCUACGAGGACGAGCUGAGACAGUACCAUCAAUACAUGGCUGUUGUAAAAGACGUGGAGGAUCAAUGGAAAAUUGAGGAGAUCAUGGCCCGUCCAAAAAAAGGCGGCCGUCAGAAUCGCCUUGUGAUGACUAAGCACUUUGAAGUGUACCCUUCGUCAGAGGAGCUGCAGAGCGUGCAGACGAUUAUUUCCCACGUGGAGCACGCCUUUAAAACGGUGUCUGAACAGGUUGAUGGCGGGAGAGGUGAAGAACGUGUUUUGCGUGGCCUCAUGCGGGUCGGCCUGGUGGCCAAAGGACUCCUGCUGAAAGGGGACAAAGAGCUGGAACUGGUGUUACUUUGCUCCAACUGGCCGACAGUCACUUUGUUGAACCGAGCGACUGAACUGUUAACUAAACAGCUGGAGUUGAUUUCAGCUGGAACAUACACCGUAAGCCCAUGUCCAGAGGAGGCGGCCAUAUUUGUGAAAAGCACCAAGGAGUCAGCCCUGACUCUUGUCAUCAACCUCACAUCACCUCUCGUCCGGACGGAGCAGCCGACCAACACUGCAGAGGAGAAAGAAACGCAAACAGUCAACGAUCCGCCGGACGUUCUGGACAGGCAGAAAUGCCUAACUGCCUUGGCGUCUCUCCGCCACGCCAAGUGGUUCCAGGUUAAAGUCAGCAAUCUGAGUUCUGCCGUCAUCGUGAUCCGGAUAAUGAGAGAUCUGUGUAAACGGGUUCCUGAUUGGUCGCCCCUCUCAGAAUGGUCUCUUGAACUGCUGGUGGAGAAAGCAAUCGGCACAAGUGAGCGGCCGAUGGCAGUGGGCGAAUCCUUACGCAGAGUCUUUGAGUGCUUCUCCACUGGAAUCCUCUUGGAAGAUGGGCCUGGUGUAAAGGAUCCGUGUGAAAAGGAGGCUGUUGACGCCACCGCAAAUCUGACUGCGCAGCAGCGCGACGACAUCACCAAGAGUGCUCAGUUGGCCUUGAGGCUGUGUGCAUUCGGGCAGAUGCACAAGGUGCUGGGGUUUGACGACAAACCGCCGAAAUUGCUCAGAUAUUUGAAAUACAGCCACAAAGACAGCGCAGGCCAGAUCGCUCCUGUUUCUCAGUGCUUCCUCCCACCUAAGAGGCCUUACUCAGCCGUGGAGGAAGAUAAGGAUGAGUCCAAACCAAACGUCAAAGAGAGGAAGUUUGAGAAAGGCUUUCUAACGAAGCAUUUUGAUCCGAACAUGAAUCCUGUGAUGCGUCUCAACCAGUACCAGUCUCGCCUGGAGUACCGGCUGGUCUCUCAGACGGGUCCGGUCCAUGAGCCCGUGUUUACCAUCUCCGUGGAUGUGAAGGGAAAAACCUACGAGGCGUCGGGACCUUCAAAGCGGGCCGCCAAGCUCAACGUUGCCAUCAAGGCCCUGAAGGACCUUGGUCUUCCAACAGGCCUGGAGUCUAAAUCUGAGUCGAGUGGAGAUGCUGAUGGUUCACAGAAAUCAGACUCAGCUGCAUCCUCUACCACACCGGAGGAGGUUGGCCAGGGUCCCCUCCUAACUAAAAACGGGAAGAAUCCUGUGAUGGAGCUCAACGAGAAGCGCCGCAGCCUCAAGUAUGUCGUGCUUCAAGAGACCGGAAGGUCCAGCGCCAAGUCCUUCGUCAUGGAGGUGGAAGUCGAUGGGCAGAAAUUUCAAGGAAAAGGCUCCAAUAAAAAGGAGGCUAGAGCUCGCGCUGCCCUUGCUGCCUUGGAAAAGUUGUUCCCAGAUGACGAUCGGGCUUCAACUAGCAACCGAAUUAUAGCAAAGAAGAAGGUCGUCUACACCGACAUGCACAUCCCAGGAUUCGGCACAAUCCGCGGUAUUCCGUCAGAUACUGGGUCUCGAAGCUGGGGUCCCAACAGAGGGGGCCUAGCCAGGGGCCGGGGCAGAGGUCGGGGCCAGCCGUUUGGAGCAGGGCCCAGCUAUAACAAAACUAACUACAGCUAUGAGGGCAACUCUGGUGCAGGCUACCACAAACUGUACGGUAACAGCGCCGCCAGCAGCUCGGCCAAAUGCUCCGACAUGGCCGGAUCGGACGGCGCCAGCGGCUACGGCACCUUUUACCCAGAGAGCAGCUCCACCUACUCCUCUCCACCCGUUUCCAGCGGCGGCGGCGGCGGCACAAAGGGACAAAGCUACCACUCCAUGCCUCCGCCCGUGGACCAGCAGAGCCCAUACAGCUACGGCUACGGAGAGGAGAAGAAGAAGAUGCUGACCCAAAGCGGUCCUGUGGGUCAGGGAGGAAGCUCCGCGUACAGCACCGCCUAUCCCAGUUCUGUUACAGGAGGACAUUCCUACGAUAGCUACGGUUGGGGGAACCCGUCCAGCUGGGGGAAUCCACAGGGUUUCAGCACGUACCAGAACUUUGAAGGACAGAGCCAGGGCUCAUACUCUGGAUACAUGAAUUACUGAUCCUUCUACAUGACAAUACUGCUCAUGUUUUUUUUUAAUGUCAGCGUCUUCAGCGUAACGAUAAUCCAGAGAAACCACUCGUUCUGUGGGAUUUUGUUGUUUCGUGUCAUCACUUGACUCGUGUGUGUUUUUUUUUUUUGUUUUUUUUUUAGUAGUUUGACGUUGGGUGAUCCGGGUUUCUUCUGCUAACGCCCGUCACUGCAGUUUGAAUCUCUUUGUUUUUUUUCGUUCUCCAUCAGGAUGUGAUUCUGAUGCAAAUGUUUGUUGGUGACAAUAAAAAAAUGCUCUAACCUUGUUCUAA